AGGCUGUGAGCUGAGCGGUGGGGUCCGCGUACGCCUGGAGUCCUUCCCCGCUGUGGUCAGCAUGGACCCUAUCCGGAGCUUCUGCGGGAAGCUGCGGUCUCUGGCCAGCACGCUGGACUGCGAGACGGCCCGGCUGCAGCGAGCGCUGGACGGAGAGGAAAACGACUUUGAAGAUUAUCCAAUGAGAAUUUUAUAUGACCUUCAUUCAGAAGUUCAGACUCUAAAGGAUGAUGUUAAUAUUCUUCUUGAUAAAGCAAGAUUGGAAAAUCAAGAAGGCAUUGAUUUCAUAAAGGCAACAAAAGUACUAAUGGAAAAAAAUUCAAUGGAUAUUAUGAAAAUAAGAGAGUAUUUCCAGAAGUAUGGAUAUAGUCCACGUGUCAAGAAAAAUUCAGUACACGAGCAAGAAGCCAUUAACUCUGACCCAGAGUUGUCUAAUUGUGAAAAUUUUCAGAAGACUGAUGUGAAAGAUGAUCUGUCUGAUCCUGCUGUUACAAGCAGUUGUAUUUCUGAGAAGUCUCCACGUAGUCCACAACUUUCAGAUUUUGGACUUGAGCGGUACAUGGUAUCCCAAGUUCUACCAAACCCUCCACAGGCAGUGAACAACUAUAAGGAAGAGCCCGUAAUUGUAACUCCACCUACCAAACAAUCAUUAGUAAAAGUACUAAAAACUCCAAAAUGUGCACUAAAAAUGGAUGAUUUUGAGUGUGUAACUCCUAAAUUAGAACACUUUGGUAUUUCUGAAUAUACUAUGUGUUUAAAUGAAGAUUACACAAUGGGACUUAAAAAUGUGAGGAAUAAUAAAAGUGAGGAGGCCGUAGAGACAGAAUCCAGGCUUAAUGAUAAUGUUUUUGCCACUCCCAGCCCCAUCAUCCAGCAGUUGGGAAAAAGUGAUGCCGAGUAUACCAACUCUCCUUUGGUACCUACAUUCUGUACUCCUGGUUUGAAAAUUCCAUCUACAAAGAACAGCAUAGCUUUGGUAUCCACAAAUUACCCAUUAUCAAAAACAAAUAGUUCAUCAAAUGAUUUGGAAGUUAAAGAUCGUACUUCGUUGGUUUUAAAUUCAGACACAUGCUUUGAGAAUUUAACAGAUCCCUCUUCACCUACGAUUUCUUCUUAUGAGAAUCUGCUCAGAACACCUACACCUCCAGAAGUAACUAAAAUUCCCGAAGAUAUUCUCCAGAAAUUCCAGUGGAUCUAUCCAUUACAGAAACUGAACAGAAUGAGGUGAAAGCCGAGCUGGACCGAUUUUACCAUUCACAUUCCCCUGCCUCUGUCCCCCUUUAAACAUUGACCCAUUUUAAAGACAAACAUGAACAUUAACAUCAUAACACGCUUUUUAUGAAGUUUCGAUAAGGUUUAACCUUAGUCUUGUUGACAUGUAGUCCAGUCAUUCACUCUUUAAGGAUUAUUAGUGUUUCAUUGAUACUAAAUUACCCAGCUUAAUUAACAGAAUGGUUUAAGUAGUACCAGGAUGUAGGACAAGUAAUUUUAAAAAUAUAAAGGUGUUUGCUACUCAGAUGAGGCCGCCCCUGACCUUCUGGCCAGGGAGACAUUGCUGCCAGCCAGCUCUUCCUUCCCAUCAUCUCCUUUCA